CGACUGUCAAACAACUUUAACCGCACAGCAAACAGCGAGAGAAAGAGCAGAAUCACGCAAGCCGAUUGAUUGUUUUUGGGUGAAUUAGGUGAUUUUAAGGUAAAUUGCUACAGAUAUUUAGUGUUUUGUCGCGAUAAACCAUGUCUGCAAACGUCGCUACUUAUUUGGCGGAGCAAAAGAAAUCCACCGAUAAGGAACUUGCCUCCGAAUGGACCGAGAUUGAGGAGCUGUAUAAUGAAAAGCUGUGGAACGAACUAACAAUUAAGCUGAACACUUUUGUGAAGAAUCCUGCCUUGCAGAACGAGGAUGCCCUGCUUGCACUGUAUCACAAGUUCAUCUCAUCUUUCGAGACCAAAAUCAAUCCGUAUGGGCUGGUGGAAAUCUUGACGGUGGUCAUAUCCUUCAUCAGCGACAAAAAAGAAGCUGUCCUGUUUCUGGACAAGCUCAUGGAGAAGGUGAAGGUGUGCGAUGAAGCGGUCUGGAUGUGCAAAGUUCUCCAGGGACAGAUAUAUUUGGAGCACUUGAAUGAACUCGAUGCGACGAAGAAAAUUAUUGAGGAUCUGAAGGAUAUUCUGGAGGAAGCUGGUAACGUCACACCGGUUCAUGGCAAAUACUAUAUGCUGGCAGCAAAUUAUUAUAGACUUGUAGGACAGCAUAGUGACUAUUACCGUUGCGGACUACAGUUUCUGGGUUGUUCAAUGGAUACAUACCCGAAGGAUCAAUGGUCACAGCAGGCAUUCUUCCUCGGAUUGGCCGCACUGCUCGGCGAGGGAAUUUAUAAUAUUGGAGAACUGCUGGCUCACCCAAUCCUUGAAUCACUGAACGGAAGUGAAAAUGAGUGGCUGGUGGAAUUGCUACGCGCCUUCAAUUCUGGGGACAUUAUCAAGUUUGAACAAAUGAAACCGAAAUGGAGCACGAUUGCCGAUUUGGCCGCCCAGGAGGUGAAACUGCGUCAGAAAAUCUCCCUACUCUGCCUGAUGGAGAUGACCUUUAAGCGACCGGCAAACAAACGCACGAUCACAUUCGAAGAGAUCGCCAAGGAAGCAAAGUUGCCGAUCAAAGAGGUGGAGAUACUUAUCAUGAAAGCGCUGGCACAGGGUUUAGUGAAAGGAGCCAUCGAUGAGGUUGCCGGCGUGGUCAAUAUGACCUGGGUACAGCCGAGGGUGCUGGAUCGCAAGCAGGUGGCCGCGAUGGCAACCACGUUGGACACCUGGAUGGCAUCGAUCACGUCUAUGGAGCUGCUGAUCGAAAGUCGGGCAAGUGAAAUACUUACGAAUUAGGGAACAUUUGUAUCCUGCGGAUUCGAAAACGUGUUUUCAACGUGAAGCAUUAUUAUAUUUAAAAAGAAGCUAUCUUAUACAUGAAAA